UAUUGGCUCGCGCAUAAAAUGAUCACUCUCCAAACGAGUAUGACCACAUUUUACGCUGUCUCACAUCAUCCUAGAUCUGCCAUGAUGCCAUCUACCGUGGCACUUGUACCACUGUGCAAGGAGAAUGAAAAUUAUAAUACACUUCACGCUAACUUCAUCUUACUCUUCUUUCUCUCCUCUCUCUCAGCCAUAUCUCGAUUCUAAUCUCCUUGCCGAAUUACAGAAUCUUUUCUAGCCGUCAACGCUACCGCUGUCAGAAAUUGUGCGCUUUUCACAUUUCUUUGCUGCCUGAGAAUCGUUUAGAACACUGUUGGAGUCGGCAUAUCAAUGCAGUUAUUUGAAAUCGCAUGCUGUCGUUCACCGUGCGCGGCGUUGCAUUAAUUGAGCCAAAACGUCCACGGAAUUUCCUGGGGAUAUAUAUGUAAAAUUAUUAUUAUUAAAAAUGUGAAGCAGAUGGUAAAUUAAUUCUCGGAUUAUAUUACUUUCGACUUGUUGUCCUCUUGCGACUCAUCCUGCGCAUCACGCCUCCGAGCGGCGCUCACAACUUUCGCCAACGCAUCUCCACUUCCGGUCUAAACAAACGCAACAAUGAGCCGGUUUAUUGUUUGCCUUAAGUGGAUCGUAUUCAUUUUUAACUUGCUCUUCUGGCUAUGUGGAUUAGCCAUUUUGGGCGUUGCUAUAUUUUUGCGGGUGGAUCCAAGUACGCAGAGCAUUUUUGAUACGAAGGAAAGCAGUCGGAUACAGAGAUAUCAUGUUGCCACAUACGUCCUUAUGGGAGUCGGAUGUCUUAUGGCGGUUAUUGGUUUUCUGGGAUGCUGUGGCGCUCUGCGACAGAGCCGCUGUAUGCUGGGAACAUUCUUCGCAUUGCUGCUGGUGGUGUUUAUUGCCGAAGUCACCGGAGGCAUUGUCGCUUAUAUCCAUAGAGACCAGCUGACACGGGCUUUCAUGGAACAGGGAUUUGGAGACAUUGUGAGACGGGAGUACGGCAAACCAGAAUUCCAAGCGCGAAGUGCAUAUUUCGACUUUGUACAGACGGAGAUGGAAUGUUGCGGAGCAAAAAGCUCAUCGGAUUGGUUCCGUUCAGAAUGGCGAGGUGGAAAUGGCGACAUCGGAAGCAACGGAACGCAGAAAUAUCUUGUUCCCCUGUCGUGUUGUAAAAAGAAUUUAACGGAUAAAGAUGCCAUUGCAAGGUGUAGAGCUCCUGGACGGGAGGGCGUGGAACAAAACAUUAACGAUGAAAACGACUCGGACAUCAUCAACAAACGAGGUUGUGUUGCGAAACUGAUGGACAUCGUGGAUGCUUACAGAGAAUUAGUAAUUGGACUGGGUGUGGGAUUUGCGAUAAUCCAGGUGCUGGGGUUGAUUUUCUCAAUUAUUCUGUGUUGCACUAUCAAGCCCGAUAACUACGGAUACAAAUCUUAGCUUUUCGAAGCAAGAUUCUCAGUCCUUGACCAAAUGCAAAUAUGUUGCAUUGCCGUUAAAUUCGGCAUACACGGAUUUUCCAAAAUUUCAGCAGCCUAGCAGAUACAAAAUACACGAGUUUUUUUGCUACGAAAUAGUUCUACAGAUCAGAGUAACUGGAAUUUGCACAUUUCCGUUUUUUGUAAUGAUCGUAAACGCCACGCAGUUUUUGGCCUUUUACUAUGUUAAACUGUAUUUUUUGUUGGUUUUGCCAUUUGUUUCUGUGGAAUGUUUGAUUUAAAAAAAUUACAUUCAAAUCGCCGUAAG